AUGUGGAACUUCAUGGAUUUGCAGAUGCCUCUGAGGGUAGCAUACGGAGCAACCAUAUAUUGCAAGUGCCGUUCGAGAGAUGGAGAAAUGAAGACAAGUCUAGUGACGAGUAAAUCCAGAGUCUCGCCUAUUAUUAAACGAGUUACUAUUCCGAGACUGGAGCUUUGUGCGGCAGUCCUACUUGCAAGGUUGUUGAAGGUUAGAGUAAUAUCUGCAUUAGAGAUUUCUGUGAACAACGUUUAUCUGUGGAGUGACUCCAUGAUCGUGCUUUCAUGGAUACAAAAGGAGCCUUACCAGUUGAAGACAUUUGUUGCAAAUCGAGUGGCAACAAUUCAAGAGUUGACUAAUGGUCAUCAAUGGCGUCAUGUGUCUUCAAAGGAGAAUCCGAGUGACCUUAUAUCCCGAGGCUUGGAUCCCA